CACAAACUCAAAAAUAAAAUUUACCGAACACCUUCUCGCAAUUGUCUGACUCUCGUUCUCACCGAUUCGCCAAAAAUUGGAGAUAAAUCAAAUGGCGAGACUGGAGACACUUUCGAUUUUUUCAUUGACCCCGGCGAUUGUUAAACAAUUGAGUAACAGAAAAAUCCUGACUGUUAUUGAUUUCAUCGCAGAAUCGACUGAGAAUUUACUGAAAAUAACAGGAAUGGCGUACAAGAGUAUUCUAGAAAUUCGAAAAGAAAUUGUUGCCGCCCACGGAGGAAAACUGGAAAACACAUUGGAAUUAUUAAAAAGAGAAGAGGAAAUUAUUUCCACAGGAAUUCCGAGUUUUGACGAUCUACUGAAUGGCGGUCUACAUCCGGGAGAGAUCUACGAAUUCUGUGGGGCAUCAUCUACAGGGAAAACCUCCAUGUGCCUGUCUAUCUCCACAGAUCUGGCACUAAAUUCGGAUUUCGUGAUUCAUUACGUCGACACUAAACGAGAUUUCUCGUCAUCGAGAGUGCAGAUGAUUCUGGACGAGAAAAAAAUCAGCAAUGAGGAGAUCGCUAGAGUGAUGAACCAAAUAAAACUCUCAAGAAUUCAUAAACUCCCGGAAUUAUUCUCAAUUCUCCACAGUUUAGCUCCAGGUAAAGAUGACAGAGUUAAACUGAUAAUAAUAGAUUCUCUAGCUUCGCUGGUUCACGUGGCACCUGAUAAUUACGAGUCGUUGUACUCAAUGAAUCAUUUAACGAGUGUCUGCAAGUACUUGGCGAAGGAGUGCAGCCUCUCAGUGAUAACAAUUAAUUCAAUAACCCAGUGGAGAGAUGAUCUGAGUAAUCUGGAAAAUUCUGGAGUGAUAAAACCGAUGCUUGGGAGGUACUGGAGAGGAAUUCCAGGGACGAGGAUUUAUUUUGAGGAGAUGUACAACGAGAGGAGGAAGUUGACCCUCUGGAAGAGCAAUGUGCAUCCAAUCGGAAAGUCUAUUGAUGUGAAAAUAAUUAAUUCUGGAAUUAUCUGAAACUCAAUUGAUAGA